CUCGGUGGAAUCUGGAGCACUGCAUCACUCUUCAUAGAAACGCAGUUGCAGAGGACCCGCCUGUAGAGCCCCACAGAUCGACAGCACCGACUACGUGGCCGCGCUGAGUGCAGCCAUCAGCUGGGUAUAAGACAUAGCCGUGACCCAGUUAGAAACAAAUACGCUCUUAGACAACCGAUACCGACAUUGGAGAGGAUUUGGGGAUCUCUGUUGAUUCGAGUGAAAGGCUAAACUUCUCCUUAACACCAAAUCAUGUCUGACUGCAGGCGGCAGUGGAACCGAGAGGAUGAGCUACCGGUCUAUUUGGCGGGACCUAUCACCACUGGUCCGAAUAAGAGGAAAUCCUAUGGGAUGUUUUCCUCCGUGGAAGGUGCUUUUGACAGUAAGACGCUAGAUUUUGAUAACUUUGCGGUGGGGCGGAAAGGGAGCCGUACCCCCCGGAGCGGGAGCCGAGAGAGGAUUCUAGACGCUGGGGACCCAGUCAUUGACACGGCCAGCGAGGCCAAGGAUGUUCGCGACGGGUCGCAUGCCUGUUCACCCGGGGACAGGAAGGAUGGGCGGCCGGGUGUGGAGAUAAAACCGUCCUCCGCGAGGGAGACUGAUUCGGGACAGGGGAAUGGAAAGAGUGACGGACUGUUAAUCAAGGGAGGGCGUGUGGUCAACGAUGACCUGUCGUUCUUUGCAGACGUGUACAUAGAGGAUGGCCUGAUUAAACAGGUGGGGGAGAACCUGAUAGUUCCGGGGGGAGUGAAGGUGGUGGAGGCCCAGGGGCGUAUGGUGAUCCCUGGUGGGAUAGAUGUCAACACCUGCCUGCUGAAGCCACACCUGGGCUCCCCUCCUGUGGAUGACUUCACCCAGGGGAGCAAGGCUGCUCUGGCCGGGGGCACCACCAUGAUCUUGGACCAUGUGACCCCUCAGCCAGGAGACAGCCUGCUGGAGGUGUUUGAGCGUUGGCAGGAAGCAGCAGACAGGAAGUCGUGCUGCGACUACUCCCUUCACGUGGACAUCCCCCAGUGGCAUGAGGGCGUCAAGGAGGAGCUGGAAGUGCUGGUGCAGGAGAAAGGGAUCAACUCUUUCCAAGUGUACAUGGCUUAUAAAGACCUGUACCAGAUGACAGACUCUCAGUUGUAUGAGGCGUUUUCGUUCCUCAAGGAGAUGGGGGCCGUGGCGUUGGUGCAUGCUGAGAAUGGAGACCUUAUUGCUCAGGAGCAGAGCAAAAUCCUCAGUAUGGGAAUCACUGGACCUGAGGGACAUCCUCUCAGUCGCCCUGAAGAGCUGGAGGCGGAGGCUGUGUUCAGAGCCGUCACUCUUGGCAACCGGGUAAACUGUCCAGUCUACAUCACCAAGGUGAUGAGCAAGAGUGCUGCUGACACUGUCACCCAGGCCCGGAGGAAAGGUUCCAUUGUCUUCGGAGAACCCAUCACAGCCAGUCUGGCCACUGACGGCUCACACUAUUGGAGCAAGAACUGGGCCAAGGCCGCUGCCUACGUGACCUCUCCUCCCCUGAGUCCUGACCCCACGACCCCGGACCACCUCCACACUCUGCUGGCCUGCGGCGACCUGCAGGUGGUGGGCAGCGCCCACUGUGCCUACAGUGUAUCCCAGAAGGCCAUAGGGAAGGACGACUUCACCUUGAUCCCUGAGGGAACUAACGGAGUGGAGGAGAGGAUGGGCUUUGUCUGGGACAAGGCUGUGGCUAUAGGGAAGAUGGACGAGAACCAGUUUGUCGCUGUGACCAGCACCAACGCUGCCAAGAUCUUCAACUUGUACCCCCGUAAGGGACGCAUAGCAGUGGGCUCCGACGCAGACCUGGUGAUCUGGGACUCUGACAGGAUCCGAACCAUCACAGCCAAACAACACCAGUCGGCUCUGGAGUAUAACAUCUUCGAGGGUCUGGAGUGCCGGGGGGGUCCGGCGCUGGUGGUUAGCCAGGGCAGGGUGGUGUAUGAGGAGGGCAAACUCUAUGCCCAAGCAGGCACUGGCCAUUUUAUCCCCCGCCAGGCCUUCCCCGACUACGCCUAUCAGCGGGUCAAGAUCAGGAGCCAGGUGAAAGGGCGACAAGGUGUGUCCCGUGGGAUGUAUGACGGCCCGGUGUAUGAUGUCCCUGCCACCCCUAAAUACAUCACCCCUUCCCCCUCAGCCAAAACCUCACCCACCUCCCACCAGCCUCCACCAAUACGCAAUUUGCACCAGUCCAACUUCAGCCUAUCAGGUGCACAGAUUGAUGACAGAGUUCCUCGACGCUCUGGCCAUCGAAUUGUGGCGCCCCCUGGUGGGCGCUCUAACAUCACCAGCCUUGGCUGAGCGUGUGUGCGUGCAAGUGCGUGUCUAUGUGUAUGAAAGAGAGAAUGGUUUUUGUCCAAUGUUCAGUAUUUUUUACACGGUACAACCCAUUACAAGGCACAACAAACAAGUUUGUUCAAUAAUAUCCUUAGCUUUUCAUGGUUCAAUAUAGUCAAUCGUUCUAUGAUCCAUGGGUACACUUCUCAGUGCGUACAUGGUGUUGUAGAUACCAUUUAUCUUUAAGUAUUUCUUAGAUAGCUUCAUUACGUACAAAGGUAGGAUUCACAUGCACUGAAAAUAACAUACAGAAAUAAGGCCACACACUGUCUCUCUCUUUCUAUCACACACACACACACACACACACACACACACACACACACACACACACACACAGACACACUCUCUCUCACACACACACUCUCACACACACACUCUUUCUAACCCAGUGUUUGAUGCCCACCCUUCCACACACAAGAGAACUGGGAUGUGUUCCGAUACCCAUACUACCAUACCAUUUAGUAUGCCAACAUUUGACAGAUUUAGUAUGUUCCAAUACAUAGUAUAUCUAAUAUAGUAUGCCAAAAAUACCAGGAUAUCCCACUACAUCAGGUAGAAUGUUGCUGUUUGCUGGCAUGCUUUUCUGGCUAAUCUUCCCCACAACCAUUUGUGCAGCAAUUCAGGUGCCACUGCCAAUUGCUAAGACGGUUCAGUAGCAAAUCUUCAGGAAGCUGUCUGCGCCUAUUCAAGACAUGGUCACAUGACUAAGUAGUACGUCCCAAUUGUCCGCAAACUGUGCAACAGUACGUAAUCUGUAAGGGCAGCUGCAAUACCAACUCAAAGUUGGUAAGUAAAAGUAUUGUGUUCUGGAUGCAGCCCUGGUCUCUGAGUGUGCCAUGUUGUUGUGUUACUCCUUGAGCAUGGCUUCUCCCUUCAUCGUAUUCCUCUUUACUCUCACCUCUUCUUGGUCUGCUCAUACCUGGUGCUCCCAUCACUGCUCUCUUGUGGACAAUUGAGGAAAUGUAGGAUUCAAUACUAUGUUCCUUAUUCUCUGUAUUCUCUCCAGCCAAUUGCGUGGCUCCAGUGGGUCACCGCAGUUGCAUGAACAUGUCAGAUGUUGAUUCUGCUUAUGGUAGGUUGUGACUGUGAGGGUACUCUUAGGAUUUACUAAAUGCACACUGAAUACACUGUUUAUAUGUUGUAUUGGAUAGCACAAUCACAUUGUAACGUGUCUUAUAUUGGUAUAUGAUUACAUUGAAUUACACAUACCUGGCCUACUUUAUCCAUGGACUUUCUCAGAAGCACACUCUUGGUUGAAUACUUGCUUUCAUCCACCCUUGUCACAAGGGGAGGAGAGGAGAAGGCUGGACAAGAGGACACAUAAUCUGCUGUACAAUAUAACCACAAUUGUAACCUCAGACAAGUUAUGCAAUAAUUUCACACUAACCAAAAGUGUUCAAAAAGUUGUUCCUUUCAUGGUAAUUAAUGAUAUGUUCCAGGUCAAUUCUUACUUUAACAAACACUCAUAUGAAACACAUUCAUGCUUGCAUGAACAUGCAUGUGGCGGUCAAGGAGAGCAAAUGUGUGAUGAUUGGGCAAGUGCCUGAACUCAAUUUUAUAUACUUUUAGUCUCACCUAUGACCAGUCAUUUUUGACCAGGAACACCACUGGUUCAAUUUUGAAUGAAUAUUGAAUGAAUUAUCAACAUUUAUUUCAUGUGUUUCGAUGCCCUGUGAGAACAAAGACGUGGAACUUUAUGACAAUCAGAUUAAGUGAACCAGGUUUACAUUUUUCAGAGAGAAAACGUGUAAAUCGAUCUAAUUCGACCGGAACAGGAGGGUUAACCAAUCAGAUUAACUAAGAGCACAAGUCACAAAUAUAAUCAAAGAAUAGACAUGCUAAUUUUUGAGUGUUAUCUAACUCAUUGGCGUUAUGUGCUGGAGCGUAGGCCUAUUAUUUGAUUCAGUCACACAAAAAGUAUGUCGUUGUUUUUAUAUCUCUGCUUCAAUUCACUGCUGUGAUAGAGCUUAAUCUCUUGCUGAAGAUUCUGCUCCCUCCCUCUACGAGAUCCAACGAUCUGUCUCCUCAUUGAUUGGAAGGUUUCAGGGGAGUUUGUCAUUGGUGUUUGUGUCUAUGCCGCUAUACUCUGUUGCUGUUGUCUUCAAUGGAAUUACUGCUGAUGAAUAAACUACUGACUGUGGUGAAAA